GGUGAACUGGAUACCAGUGAUACCCACACAGCCAAGGUGGUAACACGUACCCGCUGCUCCAUACACACGGUGUCAGUCCCUCCUUAUCGACUGUAACACUCAGUGGUAUCCCACUUCGCUCCUCCACACCUGGCGAGAUGAAGCUACACCGGUGCACACACACACAGAUCUCACACUGCUGAGCACAACAUGUGCACCUCCACACAAUGCUCUAGCCCAAAUAUGGAAGAUUAUUUACAUGUACGUCUCGUGACUGGGCCACAAUGGUGAGACUGUCAGCCUUGCUUGCUCACCCUGAGUCACAGUUACUGUACCAAGUAUAACAACAACAGUUCGUUGCAUCACUCUGAAUACUGUCUAUUUAGAAAACAAAUAUCGAUAUUAAAUAUAGUGAACGUAACUUCAAACUUGCAGGAAUUAUACGUAAUGUCUGCCGUACUGUACUUGCUUAAGAAAUAUACAGAAGACAAGAAAACAUUUAAAUGUGAUUUGUCUUAAAAUGAACAAACUAGUGAAGUAACUUCAAUGCAGGUGCAGUAGUGAUCCAGGUGGUGCAGUAGUGAUGCAGGUGGUGCAGUAGUGAUGCAGGUGGUGCAGUACUGAUCCAGGUGGUACAGUAGUGACCCAGGUGGUGUGUGCGAGUGUUGCGGUAGUGAUCACAGGUGGUGUGUGCGGUGCUGGGCGCCUGUAUCCACAAGAUGGAGAGACUUGAGGACCAUAGUCCCUCCACUGAUACCAACAACAAUAGCAGCACCGGUCACAGGAACAACGACUGCACUCUAGGCAGGAACUUUAACGGGGAGGAGAAGUACGCUCUACGACCCAGGACCAUCAUCAAACGUCUCCAGCAAGAACGUACUCGCCAGGAAGUCACAAAACGACCUGCGAAGUCCAAAUCCCGUCCAGCACCGUUAUCCAAGUACCGAAGAAAGACCGCGAACGCUCGGGAACGCCAUCGCAUGAGAGAAAUCAACAACGCCUUCGAAUCCUUGCGUAAGGUUCUUCCUGAAGCAGUGGAGGUUCACACCACCUCUGCCACCAUCACCAAGAUCAUGACACUCCGCCUGGCAGUAGAAUACAUCAGGGCGCUCUCUGAUGUUCUUGAUGACACCGACAGUGAUUAUACUUCCUUCGAAAACUCCUUACAUAGUUCCAUCCAGAACUCUCUCCAGAGCUGCUUUCAGCACUCCUUUACGCCAAGCCUUCAUCAGCACGUCCAACAGAAGGCAAUUCCAGCUUCGGGGAACACAAUGAGCUUUCAGUACGAACACACAACGACCUCAUACACACAGCAGGGAGCCCCUCAGCUGCCUCAACUAGUGGCCCAUUACACAAUCUCUGACCCCAUGUCAGUCUCCAGCUCUCCCUCUACUGUACGAGGCUCCGUCAGCAGCACCAGCGACCUUGAGGAGCUUUUAUCCGAUGACUCAGGAUUGCUGGAGGACAGUCUGGAUGUGUUCCAUGACAUACCCACUCUAACUGUUCCUGAUCCAUUCGAAAUCCUUUUGGGUACAGAAAAAGACACGCUAAUCUUUACAACCGAACUAUGUAAUUAAAAGCUU